AUGUUUGCUGUAUUCCUUCCUUUGCUAGUGAGAAGUGAAAGUCUUGACGCUACAUGUUCAAUGUUAAUCGACGUUUGUUGUAAUUGUUAAAGUUGCUCCAAUAGCCGAGUAAAGAAACGAAAGAUUCGAUCCAUUCUUGGUUGUUUUCUAUUACUUCUUCUGUAAAGAAUUCGAGAAGGUAAAGUGAUAGUCUGUUUUUAGUGUUGCAAGUGCUGAUUUCUCUCUUUGCAGUUUUAUUUAUUAUUGCUAAAACUGAACACAGUACGUUAAAGUUGACGUUAUUGAAACCUUCAAUAGUAACCCCCAAUUAAAAUUCGUCUUUUUGACGCUAUCACCUCGAUAAAGUUCAUUAGUUGAAACUUAAACACACUCUGCAAUGGCUGAAGCACCAAAACAUUCAGAGAAAAAGGACAGUAAAGAAUGGUUUAGUAAUACGUCGAUAAAAACAGAAAAAGCAGACUGUGAGGCGCCCGUCAAUUCUCCACCCGAAAGUAUUCCUAAAGUUCCACAGACAAUAAAGAAGGAAGAGAAGACAUAUGAUGAUGUAUCGGAGUGCCUUGAUUCACAAUGGAUAAAACAGCAACCUGACGAAUCGUUCGAAUUUAAAAACAAUCAUCUUCACAGUCUGGACGAAUUUUCGUGCGACAAAUGUGCGAUUAAAUAUGUCCACAAGGAUACGAAACAAUUUCAUAAGUGUUACAGGGAAGAAUGGAUGACUAUAUACGUUUGUAAACAGUGCAGGAUGGAGUUUACUACUAGAAUCAACGCCAGCAUACAUGAAAAGUUUCACAGAAACAAAGAACAGGCAUAAAUUUACUGUUUUUGUUGUUAUUGAUGUAAUCUUUUUGUUUCGGACUGCACAGCAUGGUAAACUG